AUGCGGUUGCUGUGGACAGCCACACUGGACGCACUUCAGCUUUGCCAUGACCUUCAAGUAUUGCUGGCAAGUCACAACACGCUGAUUCGCCUUCCCACAUUUCGCCUUCAAGCACUAUGGCAUAUUGAUCUGAGCAACAACCAGCUGGCCGAGGUGGAUGCAUUGGUGGCUUAUUCUUGCCUCGGCUUUGUUAAUCUUGCCAACAACAUGCUCGAUUGGCACGGCAUUGCGCGCCUUCAAGAGGUCAACAUUGCCUGGCUUGUCUUGGCUGGCAAUCCAGUUGAGGUGGAUCCCCACUUUGGCCAUGCCAUUGCGCAGCAUGCAGUUACCACCCAGCCCACAAGCAGUGGACAUGGCACGCGCCGUGCCCUUGCACCUCGAGGAAGCUCAAGCGAGAAGAAAUCCUCGCCACCCAGUGCCAACCUAGCCGAAGCCAUUCUGGCCAUGCCCUCAAUGCGGCGCAACGUCGUGUAUAUGUUAAUUGCGGCAACCCUCUUUUAUGACAUCCCUUCAGAUUUGAUGCGUGAGGCCGUGGCAGUGCACGAGGAACUUGAUGGAUUUGUUUGGCAAGCCUUUCAAAUAGGCCCUGAAGGUCGCGCUCAACUGGCCUGUAUGCUGGCUUCCAAACUCGAGCUCGAGCUUGAGGAGCGGGGCGAGACGCAAGAGGAUCUGCCUCGUGAGCUGCAGCAAGACCUGGCGCGCAUGAUGAUGCACGCUCUCCGCUGCGUGUAUGGUGUCGACGGUGAUGCUGGUUCUCGGCUCAGUGCACGACAAGUGCGCUCCUCACGCGUCUAUUCCAAUCCCACCCAUGCCGCCUAUUCCAAAGCCAUGGAUUCAAACCUGCUGGCGGUGGAGUUUGCUCGUCUGCUUGUCGUACUGCCUCGCGCCAUUCCCUAUUUGUUGAACGGAAGUAGCCGUGGAUUGACCCAGUUGCUGGCCGAUGCCACGUUGGAUGAGACCACAGCUGCACGCAUUCGUUCGCAGUUGCAAGUGGCGCUGCAGGAAGAGGCCUGGGACCGUGAUGACAGCAAUGGCACCGCGGACGGUGAAAGUGCCGAGGAGCAGCCGGAUGAGCCGUAUGGCCUUGAUGAGGACAUUGAGGAGGAAGGGCAGUUCAUCACGGACGGAGAUGUCGCAUCCGAAGUCGAGACUGACAUGGAGCCUUCUCCCGAGGUGCGUUUGAUUCUUGAUUCCUGUUUGCCUGGCUGA